CUCGCUUGUACAGAGGCACGCUUGUGCUUGGCGGAGGAAUUGUGGAAAAUCCCGCACACUGCAGCGGUCCGAUGUAAACCUAGUGACUCAGAGGAGGAGUCAGAUAUUUAUGACUUGGAGGAAGACUGGGAAGACAGAGUGAGUAACCUCCCUCGUAAGGUACGUGUAAAUGUGCUAUUAGCAGGCAGAAAAAUGAAGUAAUAAUUUUAUGUGAAUGAAUAAAAGCUCUUAGCCAACUAUAAGAUAUCCUUCUAUAAUUCAGUAGCAUCUGGGAUGGGCAACAAAUUCAAAAGAUCUCAAAAGGAUUUCAGUUCUGUAGCUGAAGCUCUCUUGCUGUGACGGUGAUCCAAUUAUGAUUAAUUAUAAGGUCUACAAGGAAGAGAAACGAGUAACGGCAUGGAACUUUCUGGUCGUCCUGUACGUUUGCAUGUUGCAUACUCGUGGUUGCCAAAACGACAAGUAUGUUCUUCGUUCGUCUAUUUAGUAGAACAAAACAUUGCUUGGGUGUACACCGUGACGUUGAUGGCACUGACACUGCAGGGCACGAUAUCUCAUGUUCUGCAACCGUUUUCAUGGGCUUUUUAAGGUCUCUCUAUAAGGUAGCGAGAUCGAAAAAGUGAAGGAAAUCAUAGCACUUUAGGAGCUGUUAAUUUUCAUACUUAAUUAGUGGUUUUCACUGUCACGCCAUCCAGAUUAAAAAUGAAAACCCUUUAAUACAGAAAGUCUAGAAUACGGGAAAUGAAAGAAGAUAAAUUUUACAAAAAGCCUUGCCAAGAAUCAAGUCUGUGCAAUAUUUCAUGUGCGAGAUGUUCGGAAAAACGUUUUACCCAAAUUUAUAAAGCUUUGUAUUGAGACGCCAUCAGUUUGUGUCCCUUCAAGGGGUACAAAUAUGGCCGCCGGAAACCAACAGAAACAUCUGUUUGUGAGUUUUCCUAUUAAUGCGUGAAUUCUUCGCUUGAGGAACUCAUAAAGAUUAAAGUAAUAUUUAUUCUGAGACAAGGAAUGUUUAGAUAACAAAAUCUCCCAAAAUCGGUAAUGUUUUUAACCCACAUCAGAGCUUUCCUGGCCGUCAGCUAAAUGCUGCUUCACGCAAAAGCCUGAAAAUUCAAGCGUCCAGUGUCGCAAAACGAAGAACCCUUUUGAACCGACAAUUUGUUUGUAUAAAGGUAUUAAGAUGCUGUAAUACCACGUGAAAGUAGAAACUCGGAAGAAGAGACAGUUUCUUAGUUUGAAUUUUGGUGACGUUAUGUGAAAACCAAGUGUGUGGUUCAGACUGCAAAGUCGAUAUUUUCUUGCCCACAAUACAUUUCCGUGGGAUAACACAGACUAAUAAGUUAACAAAGUUAACAUUAACUUGAAAUACGUUUUCCGGUGACUAAAUCUUUCAGAAUGGGGAGGGAGUAAAAAUAUUUACGCCAAAAGAUGAAACUCUAUUAAUAGUUUGUGACAUGUGCAGAAGACAUUUGUGAUAAUUAACGUGCCAACUUAUUAAGGAAUCCAAGAGGACACAAUAAAGACUGUGAUUGUGCGACUGUGAAGUUUUAAGCGUUUUCUUAGCAUUUCUAACUUGAUAAAUAUUAUUUUCCAAAAAAUACAACUUGGGUAGCCUGUGGCUUUUGGGCCCAAAUAAAAACCUCUUCAAAACUAAAAACUUAUACCACAAUUCUACUCCACUAACUACCAGGCAUUGUUCAGGGGGUCAAGCUCUACCAUAGUCCGCUAUCAAAUCUUUUCUAAUCCGUGGGUGGUGCCAAAUCCACCUCUACUAUUAGACUUCUGCGCGGGAGGCUAACCAUUCAGAGCUAUGGCCUUACACUUAAUAGUAUGUUUCACUUUAGUUUAUAAUAACACAGUUAUUUCAGUGGGGUACUUAGAUUACAAGCUAUUUGAUGAAUCGUCCUCUUCAACUACAGCGGUUUCCUUAUAGCCACGGACUAAAAUCGGUAACAUUUUAAAAUUCACGGCCAAUAGCAGGUCAUGACAAAUCAGUGGUUCCUGCUAGUUGCACUGGAGAAUAUGUGUGCAUCAUUUCGCUCCGUCCCUUAAAUCCUCAUACCUAUUCUUUUCACUAGAAAACUUAGAUCAGAAAUUAAGUUGUUUCUUUAAGAUAACGGAGCUAAUAACUACUCUAAGGGAAAUAAAAUACAGCUUUGUACAACAUCAUCGUGAGUCCAUAAUUUCGCUCGUUAAUUUAACUUCGUUCACAACAUUAUAAUGAAUUCUUUUUCCGAUUCUUUCAUUUGGAUAUACAAUGUUCACAGAAAGAUCUCUUAAGGCGUCUUAAUAAAUUUGGGUGACCGUUAUAUUAACUGCUUAUCCGUUGAACUAUCCAAAACCGUUUCAAAUUCCCUUCCCCCAGGAUGAUUAACGGCGGACGCGUUUUAAAUAGGGGAUGAUAGAGACUAUCGCUAACACUACCGAAUAGUUACCUUCAGAAUUAUUAAUAUCUGUUCAUACAAAAGUAUUUCUUUUUUCUCCAGCUUCCUUUAAAACACCUUUAAUCAAAGAUUUCCGAUCAUAUCCUCAAGUUCUUUUCAAGACGAUCAAUAUAUCGUGUCUGUGCAAUGCUUUCGACGGAUAUAAACUGAAACCAAUUGAUAUUCAUAAUACGCUCCCAUCUUCCUUCUUUCCAAGAAUUCACAGUUGACUAAUAUGGUUUGUUUAAAAAAAGAAUUGAAAUGACGCAUUCUUCAAAGACGUACUGCGAGUAAAUAUUUCUUCAAUAAAUAUAAUUAUAACCGGACACACAAAUAUAUAGUAAAAUUUCACGAAUUCAAUAAAAAGAGCGGAAAUUUAACGGAUGCGUUGCUACCUGGAAGAAGUAUUCCCUUAUAUAAGCACGAUAAGAUAUGUGCGGCGCCAAAGAACGUAGUUUUUAAGGUAACUUGAUAGGGUUUUUCGGGGUCAAUACCUUCCAAAUUUGAGCAUAAACUACGUCACCAUUAACGAAGAUUUAGAAAAUUAUCACUACAGCUGUAUCAGAUAAAGAUGAAAAUUUGUUAUGAUCAGGGUUGCAAUGACAUCGGAGUUGUCAUACCUACGAAAUUACACCAUUACCUAUUUUACUUGCAGCCGUAUUUCUCGAAACUGGGGACUGCUCUUCCAAAAUCGUUCACGGGAACUUUUCCUACAAUAGCGGCCUUGAUGUUUAAGCGAAUUUAAAUCUGUAAAAGCGUUAACAAGAUAUUUUGGGGUGAGGUUUUUAUUGUUAGAAAUACGGUAAAAACUAAACAGUCUUGAUGUUCGACCGUAAUUGAUAGAAAACAAAGCGCUUUUGAAAUGCAAUUUUACCUCAUACAUGUGGUAGUUUGAAUCUUUUUAAAACGUGUCUGAAAGAUCAUAGAGCCGUAGCUCUAGCCGAUUGCCAGAAUGAAGGAUUUGAUUACCAUGUUAGAGGUUUUGUAGACAUUUUGGUCUGCUUUAACAAAUAAGGAAAUAGGCUCCGAGGCUGCGCUAUGAAGCAUUUUUUAAGGCACUUUUCUGAACAAAAAGACGAUUUUAAUCAACAUCGAUUUUCUUAUAGGUAGGAUAACUCUUUUAGCUGUUAUGACUUCGCCAUCCCACAAUUCUUGUUGGCAUGUAUAACUCACCGCAAUAAUUAAAUUUUGUCACGUGACACUUAUUGUUUUUUUGGAACAAUAUGACGCAAAGGCGAUAACUUCUUUUCGGAGAAAGAGAUAAGGGAGGGACUCGGUCGACACCUAGAUACCAGUAUCGUCACGAGUGCUGUCACCUUUAUUUUGACGCAUUCCUUUGUGCAUCUUUUCCGGGUCUGUUUCCUUUUUAUCGCUGAACACGUAACACGGCGACCGGGAUAUACAACUGGGAUACGAAAUGAAAGUAAUAAUAGCCUUACUGCUCACAUCACUCCUUCAGCAAGGUAAGUAAUCAGCUAUGCAACAAAUCAUUUGGACAAAAACCGAUCGAAAACAAUCAAUCGAAUCAGAAGUCUAUGUCUCAUCAUUAUAAGGGUUGAGGUAUCCGUUUCAUUGACACCCCAUGACAUGUCCAUGACUCAGUCGAGAGUUCAUGUUUAUAAGUGAUACAGUGUACUGAACAAAGUGAGAUUAGCUCUGUUACCGUUGCUACAACUGAGAAUAAACCAUGAAUGUCUGCUAGUCAGACUUCUUUAGUGGUUAGGCCCGUAUUUCUUUACCACUUCAAAUUAAACGUCAUGACCUCCGAGAUUGUUCGUGGGCAUUUGUGAUGUUUGUUCAUGUAAUGCUUCGGUGUGGACUAGUUUUGUGGGGGUGAUGACUGAUAUGUUUUCAGAAUUUACAACUCACGUUCAGUUGUCAAAGGAUGAACCAUUCACAGCUAUGGCUUCAAAUUUAGUAGCAUCUUUCACUUUAGUUUAUAAUAACACAGUUCUUUCAGUGGGGUACCGUAUUUAUUCGAAUAAGCGCCCAACCUCGAAUUAGCGCCCACCUCGAAUAAGCGCCCAUCCUAAAGGCAGAAAAAGUUAAUAAGCGCCCAGCCUCGAAUAAGCGCCCACCCCCUCCUCCCCCCAAUCAAACUCAAAUAAGCACUCACCCCCACCCCACCCACUUAAGUGAAUAAGUUCCAAUAAGAGACUUCCCCAAGGACUGAGUUUUUUUUCAGAGUAUUUUACAGAAACCUUGCUUUGUUACUUCUUCGCGUUUUGUUAUUAGCAUUUAUUGUUUUGUUGCAAAAUAAACAUACUUCACUUGCUGAAAAUGGUGAAAAUUUAAUAAGCGCCCAGCCUCUAAUAAGCGCCCACCUCUAAUAAGCGCCCACUCUCAAGGUACAAAAAUUUAAUAAGCGCCCAGGGCGGUAAAUCGAAUAAAUACGGUACUUAGAUCACAAGGUACUUACUGACUCGUCCUCUUCAAAUGCAGCGGUUUCCUUAUGGCCACGGACUUAAAUCUGUAGCAUUUUAAAAUUCACGGCCAAUAGCAGGUCAUGACAAAUCAGUGGUUCCUGCUAGUUUCAGUGGACAGUGAGUGGAGAACAUGUGUGCAUCAUUUCCCUCCUUCCCUUAGAUCCUCAUACCAAUUCAUUUCACUAGAAAACUUAGGUCAGAAAGUAAGCUGUUUCUUUAAGAUAACUGAGCCAACAACUCACUCUGAGAGAAACAAAGUACAGCUCUGUACAGCAUGAUCGUGAGCCCAUAAUUUUGCUCGUUAAUUUACCUUCGUUCACAACAUUAAAAGGAACUUACACGAAUUAUUUUACCGAUUCUUUCAUUUUGAUAUAUAAUGUUCACAGAAAGAUGUUUUAAUGCGUCUAAAUAAAUUUGGUUGAGCGUUAUAUUAAAAACUUUAAUGCCAUAACUGCUCAUCCGUUGAAAAAUCCAAAAACAUUUCAAAUUCCCUUCCCCAGAACGAUUAACGGCGGACGCGUUUUAAAUAUUGAUGCAUGAUAGAGACUAUCGCUAACACUACCGAAUAGUUACUUUCAGAAUUAUUAAUAUCUGUCCAUGCAAAAGUAUUUAUUUUUACUCCAAAUUCCUUUAAAACGCUUUUUUUAAAACAACUUUAAGCAAAGAUUUCCGAUCAUAACUUCAAGUUCUUUUCAAGAUGAUCAAUAUAUUGUGUCCAUUGAUUUAAUCUGAAACCAAUUGAUAUUCAUAAUACGCUCCCAUCUUCCUUCUUUCCAAGAAUUCACGGUUGACUAAUUUGGUUUGUUUAAAAAAAGAAUUGAAAUGACGCAUACUUCAAAAACGCACACGUAAGUAAAUAUUUCUUCAUCAAAUAUACUUAUAACCGGACAGACACACAUUUAUAAUGAAAUUUCACGAAAUCAAUAAAAAGAGCGGAAAUUUAACUGAUGCGUUGCUUCCUGGGCGAAGUAUUCCUUUAUAUAAGCGUCAUAAGAUAUGUGCGGCGCCAAAGAGCCUAGUUUUUAAGGUAAUAAUAAUAAUCAUAAUAAUAAUAAUAAUAAUACACUUUAUUUAAAGAGGGUAGCACGGAAUAGUUACAGAAACUAGUAAACUUGUGGUCCUCUAACUAAAUGCAAGACAAGAUCUUAUCUUUUUUAACACGCCAAUUCGCUGAGACAGCUUUUUACAAAGUUUCUCUACAUGGGAAGUAAAUGACAGUUCAGAGUCAAUUUCAAGACCUAGCAGCUUAGCACUGGGAACGAGUUCGAGUUCAGCAUUGAUCUUUGAGGGGAGACGCUUGCCAGUGAUUAGCAUAGCCUUGGUUUUACCUUCAUUAAUUGGCAGUUUGUUUGAAGCUGCCCAAUCGACGAUUUCGGCAAUUGACGAAUUUAGGGUACCCUCUAGCCUUCCGAUAGAGCUAUAGUUCGCACCGGAAGUCAGCGUUGUAUCGUCGGCAUACAAAUCAAUUCUUGAUGAAGUGACGUAAAGCGGUAGGUCAUUGAUAAAGACGAUAAAUAACAACGGGCCAAGUAUGGACCCCUGGGGAAUACCAUGACGAACAAUAGCGACACUUGACCGUUUAUCUCCCAGCUUAAUAAGUUGGCGUCUUUCCUUCAAAUAAGAGGUAAACUAUUGAAGGGAAUCCCUACUAAUCCCAUACAUAUCAAGCAACUUGAUAGGGUUUUUCAGUGUCAAUACCUUAAAAGUUUGAGCAUAAACUACAUCACCAUUAACAAAGAUUUGGAAAAAUUACUACCGCAGCUAUAUUAGAUAAAGGGGAAAAUUUGUUAUGUUCAGGGGGCAAUGACAUCGAAGUUGUCAAAGCAAAGAAAUGACACUAUUACCCGAUUUUACUUGCAGCCGUAUUUCUCGAAACUGAGGACUGUUCUUCCAAAAUUGUCCACGGGAACUUUUUACUACAAUAGCCUCCUCGAUGUUCGUGAAUUUUAAGCGAACUCUGUAAGAGCGUUAUCGAGAUAUUUUGUGGUGAGGUUUUUAUUGUUAGAAAGACGGUAAAAACUAGACAAUCUUGAUGUUCGGCCGUAAUCGGUAGAAAACAAUGCGGUUUUGAAAUGCAAUUUCACCUCGUAGUAGUAUGAAUCUUUUUAAAAGGUGUCUGAAAGAUCAUGGAGAUAGCUCUACCCGAUUGCCAGAAUGGAGGACUUGAUUAGUAUGUUAGCGGUUUUGUAGACAUUUCGGCCUACUUUAACAACUAAGCGAAUAAUUUUUAAAGCGCUCGAUAGAUCGAUUGACCGUCGUUUUGCAUGACCUUUGAGUUUCAAGAUUACUGAUAUAUUGUAAGGCAGUAAAAUAAAGGCUACAAUUCGCAAAUUAUUUGUCGGAAAUUUCGUGCUUACAAGUGAGAGGCUCUCUUUAUUCGGGGCUUUUCCAAAUCUUUGUUAAUGGCGACGUAGUUUAUGUUCACACGGCUGCUCAAACUUGGGAGGUAUUCUCUCUGAAAAACUCUAUCGAGCCAUCUUAACGUCCGAUUCAAGAUUAAACGACAUAAACAUUUUGAUUAACGUUCGUUGCUUCCAUUCUUUCAAUAAACGUUUUAGAUCUCAAGGACCACUUUGAAAUGAGUCCUUGGUAACGUUACUUCCCUUUUCUUUCCUUUCUUUGUUUCUGCAGAAAAAAAGGUAACUUACACUGCUACAAUUUCCUUCCCGAUUUGCAAUCAUUUAUGAAAAUCAUUCCUCAGAGACGAAAACUUGUAAACUUGACCACACAUCAUGGGCAUCAAUGGAUUUUUCUUAUGCUUUUUUUCUUAUCAUUCAUGCAGGAAGAGGAAGUUGGAUAUUUCGGAUUUCUUCAGACCCAAUCAGAGUAUUUCAAGGUUCCAGUGCUGUGUUUAUAUGGGGCCUAAGAGAAGAUUUAAUAUCUCAGCCUGCUUUCAAAGGACUCACGUUUGGACUUUGGAAAAAUGGCCACCUGACGACUUACAUUAUUUCACUCACGAAGAGUGGGAGGAUUAUUCCUAACCCAGACUUAGAUGAUCAGCUAACGUUCUUUGCUGGCCGUGUGCAAUGGAUAGGAAACUUGACCAAAUCGUUUGCAGCAUUCGAAGUCUCUCAAAUUAGUGCGCGUGACCAAAUGGAUUAUGGGAUUCAACUACAUUUUGGUGCAUUCAAAGAUACUGUGUCUGAUUUUGUUAGACUUGAAGUUGUAGGUAACUACAUGAAGCAGUUUUCAUUUCUAAUUUUUGUUUACCAGCAGCAGAUAAUGACACUACAUAUGAAUUUUAUCUAACUUUUUAAGGUGGCUCGACCCAGUAUUUUUUUUGGCAUACCUUUCACCUUUGGGGCCUGUUAUACCUAAGCACCUUGGCCUUUACUGAAAAUCGGUUAUAGCACAUAGAUUACAUGUAGACUGAACUUUACGGAAGCCAACUUGUCGUGCCUCGUGCUUUUGAGCAAGUUUCUUGCAUUCCGAUACAAUAUAGCUAAUUGUUUCUUCACUUUCUCCGCACAUCGCAGAUUCUACACUUCGCAGGUACAUUAUCCGCUUUAUACUAUUAGUUGUGAAAGCUUGGUCUUAUGCUGCCACAAUCAUGCCCUCUGUCUCCUUCUUUAGUCUUCCGUUUUUCAGCUACUCUCACGUCUUUUUAUCUCAUACUUCUGCUGUGUACCUCCAAUCUGCCCAUGAAGUUGUUUCUCCUGAAAGCGCUCUUUUCUUUCUCGCUGUAAUGAUGCAGCUUCACAACUUUUAGCAUACAUCUCAGAACCUCUUCCUUGUACACUGCCUCAAAUAGGGGGCCGCUACAACUCUCAACAUACCGGCUAAGACUAUUGAUCUCACUAUUUACAGAGACCUCAACACUCGUUAAUCCUCUACCCCCCUCCGAUCUUUUAAAGUAAAGCCUCUCAAUAUCAGCCUGCUGAUGCAAAGCAUGAUGUAGAGUCAUUUAUUUGCGUCAUCAAUCUGUAGCUCUUCUUUCGUCCAUUUCAUUAUUCGUGCCUCAUUUCGUAUUACUGCCACUGCCCUACUAUUGAUCGCUUGAACCAUAUUCUCUACGUUCAGUUCACACUUUAAUAUUUUCGUACACGACGAAAGUAUUCCUCCUCAAUUCUUCUUUUCAUCUGGGUGUGUUUGAUUUCAUCUCCCUCAAGCACCCCCAGGUAUUUAUAAGCAUCCACAUCACCAUAAUUCAUUGCCCGAAUCAGUCUUCAAUCCGCAAUGACAAUACCCUCUUACUUGACCAUUCCAUUCUGAUGUUUUGACAGACUACUCGGACAGAAUGUAUCCACCUGGUUAUUAUUAUUAUUAUUAUUUAAUAAACGCGCCUUUUAACUAAUCUAAGCUUCAAAAUAUUAACGAGAAAGUAGUAUGGCCUCUUAAAACCUCUAGUAACAUAGACUAAACUGAGCUCAUUAUUAAUUUAGCUGAAAGAACCUCUGCGAUGACUACUGUAUGGUCACCGCCCCUGUCAGUUCAACCAGGCAGUAACGCUUCCUUUCAGUGCCAGUUUUAUGUUGGAGAGGCUGACGAAUCCGUCUUCGAUUACGUCACAGUUGGGCUCUGGGAACGAGGAGGUACCUCUGUAACGCUUCUGACUUUGACGAAGAGGGGAAAUGUCAUCGUUAAUCCAAAACUAAAUAAAGAGGCCCCGUUGUAUGCUGGACGAGUUCAUGGGAGGCAAUGGAAAAAUACGACCACCAAUACUUCAGGGAUAACGGUGAAAAUAGAACAUGUCGAAGAAUCCGAUGAAGGAUUUUAUGGGUGUAGCAUAUUCUUCGGUGCAUUUAAAGGGGAACUUGGUGAAUCAGUGAAGAUUGACGUGCAAGGUAGGUGGUGCUGCCACCCAAAUAAUCUACCUACCUAAUAUGGUAAGGUUUUCUCUUUCCAUUAACAGAAAACAAAAUGGACCUAAAUCAUUACUUAUCGUUUACCUUUUUCUUUUUUAGCGUUAUGUUUAUCGAACCAUAACAAAAGUCAAAACUAGCUGGCGAAGAAAUAAUUAUGUCACUGUUAUUAUCACCAAUAUUGUUAUCAUUACCCAGUUUUUAUUAUCAUCAUUUUUAUUGUUAUUGUUAUUAUCAUCAUUAUUAUUGUUAUUGUUAUUAUCAUCAUUAUUAUUACUUUCAUUAUUAUAAAAUUUGUUAUUAUUAUUACUGUUAUUACUGUUCAUCGAAUUUAUCGCUAUUAGUCUAUCUAUCAGUUAUUGCAGGUUUGAGACUAAGGGCGUUAAAAUCAUUGCUCUCUUCAUGCCCAUAAUUCUAACGGUUGGAUUUUGUCGUGGAUUCCCCUUUUUUUCUGUGGAAAGAAUUAUUAAUGAAGAGAAGAUAAUUGCAGUUAAAGUCGCAACUUGUGCUGUUGCGAAAAGAAGUUGGUUCAAAUAUGUGAAAUUCAUAUAUUCAUUUAGAAAGAAUUAGGAUACUGAUACUGUUAUUAUCAUUAUUAUUACCAUUUCGUUUUACCAUCAUCAUUCUCAUUUACUAUUAUCAUCAUUGGAUUCCGCUUUUGUUUCUACCAAAAACCAGACACAAACACAAACUACAAGCGACAAACUAAGAUCAGAGACGUCCCUCAACAGCCGUUGCGGGUUGAAGCGCGAGUUGGUCAAACCAUUAACCUUUCCUGCCCAGCAUUAUCGAAGGUUUAUCAAAUGGACGGUACAUUUAAAGUCGUUGUUUGGUCUUUAUGUACCACGAAAAGUUGCUCUGCCAAGGACACUCAAUGGACAUGGUUAGCAGGUCUAAACAGUCAGGGAAAGACCAAAACCAUCGAUAAAGGUUAGCUUUUCACAGCGCGGAAAAACGAAAUGACUUUCAGUCAGUAGUGCUACCUUAAGGCCCAUACCGUGAGCCACAAGUGGCCGGCCAGACCGAUUCAGUUGUAAAGAGAAUUCAAGAGUUAAUCAGAAUUUUCCAGCCAUGCAGACCAGCCUCUCCAUCCUAAUUUGUGUGAACGGCGGUGAUGGUUUUCUAUCAAAAAUCUUCGAAAAAAGUCGAUAUCAUUUUAAAAGUACCCGGACCGGCCGGUUCUGACUUUUGGUAGUCGCCCUCAGCUUUGUUUUAAUCUCUAAGAAUUCUUCAAGGAGAUUAAAACAGAAUUUUGGAAACGCGUUUAAUAAGUCAGUAUUCUAGGUCGGUUGUUUAGCAGACUGAAGCACUGUAAGGAGUUUCAAAUUUUUUUGAUUAAAUUGUAUGAUAACUUUAUUUUCUAGGCCCUUUCUCGAACAGACUAAAUAUUACUCUGAAUGGUACCCUGGAAAUAUAUCAUACGGAAGUAAGUGACAGUAACACCUACAAAUGCAGCGUACACAGAAUAAACUACACGUCUCCUGAAAGGAACUUCGUCACUCUUCAGGUUGACACCUCAGGUACGUGAUCAAAGACCAUUAAGCCUUACUUGAAGCAAGUCCUUUUAUCGUUUCAUUUGUUUGAAGUACACUUUUAGUUGCUUCUCAUUUUCUUUGACUAUUAUUUUCUUGUUGCAUAGUUCAGCAAAAAAAAAUGGCAAAGAAGGUCUGUAUCGUAGCAAUUUGUAAUAAUCAUCGCACCUUUUAAUACCUGUCCAAAUUUUUAAGAAACCGUGUCGCACUUUGAAGUAAUAAUAUUAUAUAGAUUUAGCUAAGGCUAAAAGUGAAGCGUCCAUUUAUAUACUUUCAAUUACUUAAAAACAAAAAAUUAGAACGAAUAAACUUCAACCUAUGCAAAUCCAGAAAUUUAUACUUAACUGAUUUUAAAACAAAAAGAGAAAAUUUUAAAUCAAAUUCGAUCACAGUAAUUGUCUUGGUAAAGAAUUCUUACCAUACUAAUAACAAAUAAUAAUUUAUUAUUUUUAAGGCUCAAAAUUGCACUAAAUAUGAUCUAAUGCGCUCUAACCAAAAAGUUAUAUAAAAUUAUACGUAAAAGUUCCUAAAAAACCUAAAAAUUUAGUAUAAAUAUCUCUAUGUAUACAAUUAAAAAGGCAAUUAUAAGAUUCGAUUAAUAAAUGUAUUGUAACGUAGUAACAGUUCAUCUUUUGACCUAAGGUUGUAGGAGGACUUCUUCUUGACUUCCAUUGAAUUUUUGUAUAUAAUAUGGAACCAGUGCAUGUAUAUUGCUUUAGAUGUUACAAGUAUCACCUUGAAUUUAAUCCUGACACUUAUUGGUAACCAGAGUAACUGACACAGUACAGGUGUGAUCUGACAAAACUGCGGGGUAUUUGUUACUAAGCUGGCAGCCAUAUUCUGAAGACGCUGUAGCGUAUUAUUGACGCUAUUACAGUAAUCUACGCGCCCCAUUACCAGUGUAUGAACCAAACAUCAGGUUGAAUCCAACGUUAAGUAUUUCCUGAUCCUUCUUAUAUCGUGCAGAACCUGUGAUCACCCAAGCGUAGCGCAACAAUGUUGGAUCCGUUUGCACAACUCUUCCUUAAAACUCUUCCAACAUUGUUGGGGCCGCGCACGCGCAUUACGCAUGGUUUAUAAAGACUUAUGGGUUGUAUCCUUCCCACAAUGCACUGCAGGUCCGAACAUUGUUGGGAGUUGUUGCAUCCGUUUGCACACCACUGCCAACACGCACGCAACAACUCCCAACAUUGUUGGACCAACAAUGUUGGGAGUUGUUGCGUCCGUUUGCAGGCAGCCUAACUGACUUAUCAAAUUACUUUAAUAUAUACUCAGGUGCAACGCCAUGAAUUGCCUUAAAUGGAAUAAUGAGUACUUUAAAACUGAUGUGAUAUUCAAUAGGUAAUCAGAGUAGAGAGCGCAGCACAGGCGUUAUGUGGUCAUAUCUACAGAUGUGACAAAUUAUACGAGCAAGCUGAAUUCUGAACACGUUGUAAUUUUCGUAAAUGGACCGAAGAGAAGGCCAAUUGUAAUUAUCAACUCGUCCCAUAACACGUGCAUGAACUAUAGUGUUUGAGCGGAAUCAUUAGAUAGAUAUUUCCUAAUUCACCUAAUGUUAUGGAGAUGAAAAUACGCAAUUUUACAGGUCUUAUUAAUAUGUUCGUUCAGAUUUAGGUUACUGUUCAAACCAUUAGUUCCAAGAUUUUUCGCACCCGUGACAGGGCUUACUCUUGUAUCACCGAUAGCAAGGUGACCAAUACUGACUUUCUCCAACUGCCGUCUAUUACCGACUACUAUAAGUUUAGUUUUACCGUCGUUAAUCUUGAGUUUGUCCAUGAUCAUCCACGAUGGUAUAUCUUUAAUACAGCGCUCCAUUGCGAAGAAGACGAAACAAGUAAGUUGAAUAAAUCUCAAAACGUUUAUUACAAAGCGCGAUGGAAUUAAAACAAAUUGCGGCAGCUUAGUUCAUUACAAAGUGCGGUGGACAGUUAUUACAAAUUGCGACAGCCUUUUAAUUUAUUAAGAAUUGUGAGGGGUAUUACAAAGUGCGAUGGAUUUGUUACAAAUUACAACAAGUAUUACAAAGUGCAAUGAUUAUUACAAAUUGCGAUGCGGACUUUCCACAGUAACGAUUUCUCAGUUUUUAUUUGCAAUCUCAAUUUGCAGUGUCGCCUAAAAUUACUGAACGGGAGCCGAGUAAAAUAGUCCAUGUGCAGCUAGGAAGCGUCCUUUUCUUAAAAUGUAAAGCGGAGGGAGUUCCCAAACCUGUUGUAACGUGGCGAAAAGAUGGCCGACUCAUUCAGAACAAAACAGUCGAGACGUACUUCAAACGCGAAAAUGCCAGUAAAGAUGAUGAAGGAAAAUACGAAUGCGAGGCUUCUAACUCAGCUGGAUCGGACAGCUACAAGGUGGACGUUAUUAUAAAAGGUACAAAUCAUUUUGUUGAGGUAACGAAAAACUUAAAAUUAUAAACAACAACAAAAAAAAAACAAGCGGUUUGUUGAACGGAUUUCUUCAAUUUAAUUGAAAUUUAAAAUAUCAUUAAAGCGUCCAGUUAGGUAUUGAUUUUAUUCGCCAUAUGGGCAACAAAGAGACAUACGUAUGUACACAGUUUCUUAACUUGUCAAGUCGUUCCCAUCUAGCGCCAGUGGCCCUAACUGGUGACAUAAGCAAUAGAUACGGUCUCCCCAUGCAUUUUAUUAAGUUUGCUUUAAACUGAAUUCAGGCCGCUCAGGAAGGCUUGAAAUGUGAGAAGUGUAGUGUAUUGCCUAUUAAAUCGAAACUUUUUGUUACUUCAGGGAAAGACUCCAACAACAACAACAACAACACCUGGAGGACCAUUGCAUUUGUCGUUGUUGGUCUAUUUGUUGCAGUGUGCAUAGGUUUUUGUUUUUACAAAAAGGUGAUAAGUAGACCGUCACAGAUGUCUCCUCCAGAGCAACCUAAAUCCAACGAAAUUGAACCUCUCUGCGAGGUUAACGGUACCAAAUCAGAGAACUGCUUGAAUGGAAGAAUGUCAGCAACGCAUCCAGCUGACUCAGAUUCGAACCCAGAUCCGCGAUAA